CAGUCUGUAAAGUUUCUGAAACAAUAAAAACCUAUGUUUUUAUUUCUAGCCUCGCCUUUUUAGACGUCAUUUCCCGUGUCUCGUAGUCUUCCGCCCGUCGCGCGCAUUCACAGGCCUCUUUACGACUCGGCUGGCAAAGAUGGCGGAUGCACAAACCGAGCGGGCUUACCAGAAACAGCCCACCAUCUUCCAGAACAAGAAGCGUGUUCUGGUCGCUGAUGGUGGAAAGGAGGUCAAGGAAAAGCUCCCCCGGUACCACAAGAGUGUCGGGCUGGGCUUCAAAACCCCAAGAGAGGCUAUUGAAGGCACUUACAUUGACAAGAAAUGCCCCUUCACUGGAAAUGUCUCCAUCCGUGGCCGUAUCCUCUCUGGUGUGGUGACCAAAAUGAAGAUGCAGAGGACCAUCGUAAUCAGACGUGAUUACCUGCAUUACAUCCGCAAGUACAACCGCUUUGAGAAGAGGCACAAGAACAUGUCUGUCCACCUGUCACCUUGCUUCAGAGACGUCACAGUUGGAGACAUUGUGACCGUUGGAGAGUGCCGACCACUCAGCAAGACCGUAAGAUUCAACGUCCUCAAAGUGACAAAGGCUGCUGGAGCCAAGAAGCAGUUCCAGAAAUUUUAGGUGUGAUGUUGAACAGGAAGGCUGUUGUUGGCUAACUUGUCUCAAUGUCAAAUAAAGAAAACCUUGUUUAAA